AGUGGCUGAAAAAUGUUAAUGACUAUUCACCUGCAUGUCUUCAGGUUGAUUCGACAGCGUGUCUAUGUAGAGUUGAUACGAGCCUCAAAACUGUUGCUGGGGCCAAAAAGUACGUACCUGGAACAAAGCUCUGUCUCCAGCCCGACAUCAAACCAUCCAUUCAUCCAACAAGGAACAAGCCCGCACGAGGAGAUAGAAGCCGGAAUCAAUCCCCUCUACUUCCAGGCCUACCCGAUGACCUUGCCAUCGCGUGUCUCAUUAGGGUGCCACGAGUGGAACACUGUAAGCUCCGCCUAGUCUGCAAAAAAUGGUACAAGCUUCUUUCGGGUAACUUCUUUUACUCCUUGCGUAAGAGCCUCGGAAUCGCAGAAGAAUGGGUAUAUGUAAUCAAGAGAGACCGAGAUGGGAAGAUCUCUUGGCAUGCUUUUGAUCCCAUAUAUCAGCUCUGGCAGCCUCUCCCUCCAGUGCCGAAGGAAUACUCGGAAGCCCUAGGUUUCGGAUGUGCCGUCCUAAGUGGGUGCCACCUUUACUUAUUCGGUGGCAAAGACCCACUGAAAGGCUCAAUGAGACGAGUGGUUUUUUAUAGUGCGAGGACAAAUAAAUGGCACCGUGCCCCCGACAUGCUUCGGAGACGGCAUUUCUUUGGAUCAUGUGUCAUAAACAACUGCUUGUACGUAGCUGGUGGUGAGAACGAGGGUGUUCACCGUACAAUGAGGUCUGCAGAGGUAUAUGAUCCCAACAGAAACCGUUGGUCCUUCAUUUCAGAGAUGAGCACGGCCAUGGUGCCCUUCAUUGGCGUCGUUUACGAGGGAAAGUGGUAUCUGAAGGGGCUCGGGUCACACCGGCAGGUUCUUAGCGAGGUCUACCAACCAGAUACGGAUAGCUGGUUCCCAGUGUACGAUGGAAUGGUCGCCGGCUGGAGAAACCCCAGUGUCUCCUUUAAUGGGCACCUCUAUGCUUUGGAUUGCAAGGACGGAUGCAAAUUGAGGGUUUACGAUGAAGUGACAGAUUCUUGGAGUAAGCACAUUGACAGUAAGAUGCAUUUGGGAAAUUCCCAGGCUCUAGAGGCAGCUGCACUCGUUCCUCUCAAUGGGAAACUGUGCGUCAUCAGAAACAACAUGAGCAUUUCUGUCGUUGAUGUUUCAAAAUCUGACGGUGGCAGGGGUGCAACUGCUGAACAUUUGUGGGAAACUAUAGCAGGAAAAAGCCAAUUAAGGACCAUGGUCACGAAUCUCUGGUCUAACCUCGCAGGGAGGAACCGCCUGAAGAGUCACAUUGUUCACUGCCAGGUUCUUCAAGCCUAGAAACUGUACACUAAACUCAGUUCCAUGGUUAUGUAUUUUCGGAAAUUUCUUGCCUCGGCUAUAUGGAACUGCGUCCAGAUGAGGCCAAAAGCUUGUCAAAAUUGGAUUUGACGAUGUUAAAUGGAUGUGCACUCCAAAUUGAAGCUCAAAUGUCCCACUUUAGAGUCGCUAUAUAUAUACGUGGAUGUUUUACCUUUCGGGGCUUGGAAAAGAAAUUUUGGAAGAUACAUGGCUGGCUUUGGGUAGAGGGCGGGGAUCAAGUGAUGAAAAGCUCAUCUGUAGUUAGCUUGUUUGACUUUCGGGUUUUGCUUUUGUAGACCUUGUUUAUGUUCCCUAUUCAACACUGGUUAUAUUAAAUAUGCUGUGAACUGGUUUGACCUGAUCGUCAAAAGUAAGUCCGAUAUGGUUCAUGAAGGGCA